CAGUAUUGCUCAAGGGUUCUUGCGGAUGCAGGGGGAAUAUUUUAAGCGACGGAACUAUAUCCGGAGUAAGGCUGUCCAAGACUGAUCUAUAGCGGAACUAUUGAUCCCUGUUGGACUUUUUUGCCGCCCCUUGGUCUAAAGCACCUGGCUGUGCAGUAGAAGAAUUCUCACCCACAGACGUCACUGCAGGGAAGCUUGCCCUCCUUUCUGGCAAAAGAGUGAGCAGGUACCGGUUAUAAGAGAUCUUCGUCAUUAGAGAAGGAUGGUUAUAAAUCUUUGUCUUCCUCAGUACAAACCGCAAGUUGUAUGUAACAAGAUCAGUGCUGAUGGCUAUGAAGUGGAAAACCUUGUCUCUGAAGACCUUGGCAAAAGGAAUCGUGGCUUCCGCUGUGAAUAUUUUGUUAAACCACCAGUACACAUCACAGUCACUUUUCCAUUUAACAUAGAUAUAUGUAGAAUUAAUAUAGAUGCCUCUUCUGGAGCACAGAAUCACUUUUCUGGAAUAGAAAUCUAUACAUCUACCUCCUCAAACAAAAUUUCUUUGAAUAGCCAGGAUUUGAGUAACAACACUGUGAUCGGGCAAAGCUUCGAUAAAGACAUUUUUGCACUAGUGGGAAGGGUUCAGCUAAAAAAUCAAAGCAAGGUUACAUUUAAUAACAGAGCUUUUAAGCCGAGGCAUCCGUUCCAUCAAACUGAAUACAUUAUGUCUUACACUGGAUCAUCAUGUCAAGAUCUAUGGAAUAAAGGAGCAUAUUCACUUAGUAAUGUUAGUCACCUGAAGAUCUGUAUUACACACAUAGCUGGGGGUGCUCUUUGCUGUAUUAAAAGAUUAGAAGUAUGGGGUCAACCUGCAAAGACUUGUCCAAAGGAAGUGGUGGAGAACUUGUACCAAAUUGCCUGUAUGACUCUCCCUCAUGGUUUUGGACAGCAACAUCCUAUGUCACCAAUGGAAAGCAACCAUAUGUCUUAUAGUCAUUCUGAUCAUGCACAACAGAGUCUGAAUGAACUUGCCAAUGCUCUCGGUGAGGUCACUGAAGAAUUUCUAGAUCCCAUAACCCUGGAAAUUAUGACUUUUCCUAUUCUGCUUCCAUCGGGUAAAGUCAUUGACCAAAGCACAUUAGAAAAAUGCAACCAAAGUGAAGCAUCUUGGGGCAGGCUACCAAGUGAUCCGUUUACUGGGGUUCCCUAUAGCCAGCAGUCCCAGCCUCUUCCACACCCUUCUCUGAAAGCCAGAAUAGACUAUUUUCUUUUACAGCACAGUAUUCCAGGUUCAAAUAUGCUAGGUAGGACUCAGACUGGGGCAUUAGUGACUCCUUCUGCAAUAGCACUGUCUUCCAUGAAGCGGAAAGUGGAAUGGAUAGAGGACACAGUUGAUAGCAAUAAUGCAGAGACCUAUUUAUCCACUGUAAGCGGUCUCCGCACCACUACCUCAGACUUUGGUAUUAAGAAGAUGAAAACUGACAAUGAAUGUAACAUGUCACAGAUGGAUUUCUCCACUAAUAUGUCAGAUGCAAUGUCUCAUGAACAAAGGCUAACACAAAGCUUGGAUCUCGCUCUGACAACAACUCUGGGCUCCAUGCCCUCAUAUACCACAAAGUUCAUGAAGGGUCAGGAAGUGCCAUUGGAGAGCAGCAGUAACUGCCCCUGGAAUGCAUCUGCCACCUCUGAGCACAAUAGAAUCAUCCCCAUUCAAGGAUGUGCUUCCUGUCUGAGGACAUUUUCUGCUUACUGCAAAACCGAGCCCAUAUAUCAACUUACAUGCGGUCACCUCAUGUGCCGUCCUUGCUUAGCUGAGAAACAAAAGCUGCUCUGCAUUGUGUGUGUGAAUUGUAAUCGACCAAUGGCUACUCGGGAUGUGAUUAGAGUCCACCUGUAGAUCCUACAGCAAUGAAAGUCUUCAGUUGGGAAUGCCAGUGCAAGUACGCCAAGCUUAUUCAGUACUUCAAGGAUGCCAAGCUUAAUGGCCUUUGCUGCUAAUUUCUACAAAAUAAUAUCUAUUUAUUUAGCGGGACACCGUGGGAGCUAACAGCUCCUAAUGCUGCUAUGCUCUGCUAUAGCUGUGCUAUGUGCAGCAAUCCAGAGGAACAGAAUACAUUUUCUUUUGCCAUGUGGGUCUCCCUUAUAAUGUGCUAUCUUAAUCCAGGGCAACCGAAGUAGAAUUAUGUACAUGUGUAACGUGUACCCAAAUGCUUUCCUUUCUUCAUAGCCUAUUUAACCAAGUGCGCUUCUCCCGUGCUUUUGUUGUGAUUCUAGUAAAUGGUAUUUCUUGCCACCGUAUGUGACUUACAAGUUGUCACUUAACUAUAUUCCUAUUAUGUUCUGCAAUUAAAUAAGUUGCAAAGCUACAGUUUUUAGGCAGUUCUGGUCCCAGAUGCAGCCUACAUGUCUUCCUAUAAAUUUGUCUGACUUCUGGUUACAGUCUAAAUAGCUGUUCACAGUCACAAAAUUAUGAUUAUAUUUAUUGUACCUAAAAAAAAAAUGGUGGCUUAUAAUCUGCUACUUUAGAAUAUGGGACCUCAUAUGUGAAAGAUCUGCUUUGCAUGAGUCUACCCAGAAUCCUUUGCUUAUUUUGUGCCACUGGUAAAAGAGCAACAGAUGUUCUAUAAGGUUCUAAAGAAAAUGCAUUACAUGUGUUUGUAAGUCAUCUUUAUUAACAGAUAAAUUCACCAUGGUUAUCUGAAUUUAGAAAAAAUAAAUAAAGUUACAUUUUUUCUUUUACCCAAACCUGAUACCAAAAUCCUCAAGAUAAAUGUGCCAACUCUCUAACUUACAUGCUAAGGAAGGAUUCAAUAUGAGAUGUAGUCAUUUCAGCAUUUAUAUCUACUUGAAAUAUAGUCAUGCGUGGGGGGAGCUAACAAUUUUUCUGUUUAAAAUAAGAUUCUAAAUAUCUGAUUGGAUAAUACAGCUUUCAAACUAAGCACUUUAAACACUUUUUGUCAGGCUGGUUGUUGCCUGCUACAUUUCUGGUAACAUAAACCACCUUAAAGGGGCAUUGGACUGUAAUUUGUUUCCCUUUGUUUGUUAGAAAUGACUCGUUAUAUUAACUGCAUAAUAUUUAAUAUAAUUGAUGUUGCUCCUUUUAGGUUCAUUAUUUCAGUUGAAUUAGAGGGUUUUCCUGAUUGAAACCACCAUCCAUAAUGAAAUUGUCAGUACCAAUGUUGUGACUUUGUGGAAGGAGAAGAUGAGCAUGUCUGCUGUUCCUGCAGGAUCAGCCCAUUUAAUUGGGCAUGUUCUUGACAGCAAGGAGUUGUGGUUUCAAUAAAAAAAAAUACACAUUUUACAGAAUAUUGUCAUUUUAAUAUUAAAAAAUACAAAUAGAAACUGGAUUAUAAGUAUAAACACACUUUAGCAAACAAAAUCAUUUUAGCCACAAUGAAUUCUGAAUAAGUCAUCCACGUGUUACAUAUUCUCUGCUAUAUUAUUAUGAAAUAUCUGUUAAUAAUUAAAUAGAGGCUGAACAGUAAUUGUAUCAAUAGAAGCUUUGUACCACUUAUGCUGGGUGUGUGGGCUUAUAUUUUUCUGUGGCCAUUACUAUGAAAUAUUCUUAUAACUGUUGACAAUGACUAUGAAAUCUUCAUAUUAAAUAGCUGACUGAUAAUCCCAUGUGGUUGAAGGGUACCCAUUUAUCAAGAGGUUUAAUUUCAAUUUUAAAAAAGGGUAAAUGCUUCUCGAAGCUGUAAUGUCACAUUUAUUAAGUCUUUCAUGUGAAUUUCUUUCACACGCUAACUUAAUUAACCACAACCCAUAACCAAUUUUUUUUUGUGAUGCAUUUUUACUCUGAUCUAUCUUCUAGAAUAUUGAUUGGUCUUCUAGAAUAUUGAUUGGUCUUCUAGAAUAUUGAUUGGUCUUCUAGAAUAUUGAUUGGUCUUCUAAUAUCACCUCAGUCCAGACGGAGUUGCAAUGUCUACGUGGCAAAAACAAAAUUGUAAACGUUGAUAGUUAUACUUUUGAAAAUUGUAUUAUGUCUGUGUAAAAUGGCCAAUUGCAGCUUACUGGUGUAAAUUCAUGCCUUAUUAAAGUUUGGGCUAAGAUCUGA